UAUAGACAUUGCUUCCAUAGAGACACAGAAAUGAAAGAGAUUGCAAUUCGAAUUAGAAGACAUCAAUCUUCCUGAAUUUAAUGUAGAAGUAAAUUAUUUGACGUGUUAUAUUUUAAGAAUGAAUGCUUAAAAUUGAUAUAUGAGCGCUUUUCAAUUUAUAAUCAAUGUUACAAAAAGUUUUCCUUUUUUUUAAGAAUAAACUUUUACAAAUUUAGAAAUGGCAGCAAGUGUGUAAAUAUUUACUUUAGUCUAUAAUGUGUCUACGAAUCUAAAGGGUUAUAUGGAAUAUUUUGAAUCGUGUACAAAUGGAAAAUAAAAGAAAGUUCGGUCUUGUUCUACCUAAGAAAGCGGAAUCAGUGUCUUUAAAAAGUAAUAAACUGUUUGAUAGUGAUAGCGAUGAAGAUUCUUGCGGAAAGAAACCAUCUACCAAAAUACCUCAAGCAAAGCCUAAGAAAAGUAUUAAAGCUAGCAAGUUAGAUGAUCCCUCCAUAUAUGAAUAUGACAGUAUAUAUGAUGAUAUGAAGGCAAAGGAAGUUGCAAAAGCUGUUCCAACAGAAAAAAGGACUUCUCGUUAUAUAGAUUCACUCCUAAGAGCCGCAGAAAAGAGGAAGAAAGAGUACGAACGAAGAGUUGAAAAGAAAAUUCAAGUUGAAAGAGAAAAGGAAGGAGAUGAGUUUAAAGAUAAAGAAGCAUUUGUUAGUUCAACAUACAAAAAGAAAUUGCAAGAAAGAGAAGAGGAGGAAGAAAGGGAACGUCGUGAAAAUAUGUUAAAUGAUAUGAUGGACGUUACAAAGCAGAAAGAUUUAAGUGGCUUUUACCGACAUUUUUUAAAACAGACAGUUGGCGAGGAGAAAAUUCCAGAAUUUGGAGAAAGAUUUAGCAAUAAGAAAGAAGUACCUGAAUCAGAAAAUCCACCCCUUCAAAAAGAUGGUAAUACUAUUUCCUCAUUGGAUAGGGAUACAAAGGCAUUAAGUACAAAUGAAUCUAAUGAGGAUUCAGAUUCAAAUUCUUUAUCAUGUGUUGAAAAAGAACACGUUUCAAGUAUCAAUAGUGGGGAAAGUUCUAAUGAAGAUUCACAUGAUAAGAAUCUUCAAGCAAAAGAUAAUUCAAAACGCAUGUGCAAUCCUGAAACAAAGCAUGAAGAUAGUAAGUUACAUAAAAAAUAUAGAAAAAGAACAGUAGAACACCAUACUGAAGAUACCUGUGAUUUAUCUGAUAAUGAGCCUGAAGGUAAUAUAAAACGACCAGUGAAAAAAUGUUCUAAAAGUGAGCAACCAUCUGAUGACUUUGAAGAAAGUAAACAUGAAGAAUCUGAAGCAUUAAAAAUAGGAAGAAGUAUAUUUGCUAAACGUACUAUAGGAUCUGUAUUUGAUGAAGCUCAGGCAAGAUACUUCCAAAGAAUGGCUGCGCGAAAUGCAUGAAUAUUUUAUUUUACAAUACAGUGAUGAAGAUCCUGAGCUUUAAAGUAUUCAUAUAUGAAGUAUGUAGAAUUUUUACAAACUGUAAUGGAACAUGAUUUAAAAAAUUGUCUAAGUGUAACACUGGUAAAAUCAUAAUAACCAUAUACAGUACAAAGUCCGUAAUCCAGACUCAUCGGGACUUUGGCGAAUCCGGUUUAGGGUUUUUCCGAACUAUAGAUCAUUAUUUUAAAUUCUUUUUGACGUAAUCAAAAGUAAAGAUAAUUUUAGCCUAGCUUAUACCAUCUGUUAUACGUUAAACGUGCUUGCGUAAAGCAUCCAAAAAAAAUUUGUGGCUCUGAGGUAUGGAUUAUUGAUCAUUCCGGAUUACGGACUUUGUACUGUAUAUUACAAUAUCAAAUUGUUUUUAUUUUGGAAACAAAUUAUUCCAAUUUCAUUUCUGUGCAGUAUAUUGCUGAAUAUUAAACAGUUAACAGACAUAAAGUAAGAAAUUUAAAACUAAAUCCACAAAGACCAAAAGAAACAAAAUUUAAAAUCAGUAAAUUUUAAAGUUCCCCAAAAAGAUUUAAAUAAAUUGGUACUGUUCUGUUAUCUGAACCAGAUUAUUAUGUACAUAUAAACUGUGGCCAUAAUGCCAUAAAUAACUAGAUAUUUAUAUUUACUCCUAUUGUUGGACAAAGUGGUGUUAUUCCAAGCCAGUGAUAAUAAAAAUGGUACUUUUAACAGCAUUUAGCAGUGGUUGCAGCUUUGUUCGACUUGGCUUUUUAAGAAGGUAUUUAGAAUAAAGAAUUUUAAAUGGGUUAAAAUUAAUUAUUGGAUGCAAGUUGAUGAUUUUGUUCACAUUUUAAUCAAAACAUCACCAAAUUAUCGACAUUUAUCAUAAGUCAGCAAACAUUAUCACUAUAUCAAAAGAAAAUAAACUUAAGCAAUUUAAAAUGCAAAUUUUGACCAUUAAAUAAUGAUUCUAUAUAUUAAAAAGUAAAAUGCUUUAUUGUUCACCCCAUCUACAAAGCAAUCUGUUUUUGCUUUAAAAAAAAAAAAAAAAAAAAAAAUUGCACAAAAUUGUUAUUCUAUACUGGCCAUGAUCAUGAAGAAUGGAAGUAAUGUUGCCAGAAUAAAAUCGUUAUCAAACAACAAAAUUGCCAAAUUUGGCAUGCAUUUGAUACUUCAUUUUAGCCUUUAAAUGGUAAUAUUUAGCAAAUAUUUUAAAAUUACAAACAGCUCUUUCUUGUCAGGAUUUGGACCUGGAUAUUUUGAUAUGUAAGUAGCUUCCGCCAUCUGUCGUAUGUAUGAAGCAGCUUCAAAAUUUUUUUUGAAAAGUAUCAAACAUUUAAUCCACUGAGCAGCUAGCUUUAUUGUAUGUAGUUAGUUUCUGCCAGUUUAUGUAUUACUUCAUUAUUUAAGAUAGUUUUCUCUCAGUUUCUUUAAUGAUCCAAAUAUCAUCAUAAUAAAUGGAAAGUUAGGAAAACAAAAA